CAACAGCCAGGAAGGUUUGGAAGUCCGGCUUUGUGCAGGACACUGAAAGAGGCAAUGCUUAAUUCUUAAAAAGCUUGAGAACCCAAGAAAAAGUGCUAUUAGAAUUGGACACAAUGGAAAUAGGCAGAGAACAAACCUAUACAAGUGGACAGAGGAAUGAAAUAGCUAAGAAUCUAGUUUACAUCAAACCCCCACCAAACAUCAUACAAGAGGAUGAACUGGACAGUAAAGUAAUGACUGGAGAGGCACUGGAGAGGCACAACGCCUGCAAGCCAAAUGUCUUCUACUCACUAGGAAUGGAAACAUUCCAUUUCUCUGGGCACGAGAUCCAUAUCCGCGAAUCACUUGACUCAUUUGGCGCCCUCACCUGGCCAGGGGCAGUGGAUCUGUGUAACUACCUGGAAAAGAAUAAAGAACAAUUCAGUCUACAGGAUAAAGCAGUGCUGGAGUUGGGAGCAGGAACAGGGCUUGUGUCCAUUGUGGCCAGCUUAAUGGGUGCGUGGGUGACGGCCACAGAUCUACCAGAAAUCCUGAACAACCUGAGCUUCAACCUGUGGCGCAACACACGUGGCCGCUGCAGAUACACACCGCAGGUGGCCGGGCUGGUCUGGGGGGAGGAGCUGGACAGAAAGUUCCCCAGCUCCAUCUACAACUAUGACUACAUCCUGUGCGCAGACAUAGUCUACCACCACAACUGGCUGGAUGAGCUCCUGCUCACAAUGAAGUACUUCUGUAGGCCUGGCACCACCCUGCUCUGGGCCAAUAAGAUCAGGUUCCAGUCAGACUUGGACUUUAUUGAAAACUUCACAAAGGCCUUCGAUACAAGGAUGCUAUCAGAGAUCCCAGCCAGCGAGGUGAGAAUCUACCAAGCCGUGGUGAAAGAGUAAUUCUGGAUCGGGGGAUACUAAACCUACAAGACAAAGACAAAACCACAAACACACAAACCAUUAAUAGCAGGAAAAACCCUCUUCUUACAGUGAACUGGACUUGUGUACAUUUCUCUCACACACAAAUAUUAAAGGGGCUUCCUAC